AUUACCCUUAAGACCAUACAGCACUGACAUACUCCAUUUUUCUCUCUGGAUUUAUUCAUUUUGACUGCUUACUUGUAAUUGCUGUAGAACGUUCUAGUGCCUGGAAUAUGGCACUUCUCUCAGACAAGGCUUAUGCUGGAUUUGAACUCCUAGAUCUUCUCCUCGAGCAGAAGACCUCUCAUAUGGAUGGUAAUGGUAACCAUGGCAACCCUGCGUGGUCAAUCACAGAUCAAAGCACUGCGUGUCACGGUGAGGGUGUUGUUGAGAACUUCCUGGACUCCCUGCUGCGUACAUCAGUCUGUGUGUCGAAUCCCUGCUCGCCUCUGUGGGUCCCAUCCCCUUGUGACAGCGGAAUCAGUGACGACACCCCAUCAGAUCACCAGGACAGCCCCCAACCGCCCGACAGCCCACUUUUCGACUCCAUCUUCCUCCCUCACUAUCCUCAUCUUCAUCCUCAGGCUCUUCCUCAGCAGAUGGGGGAGCAGGGUGCACCUGCCGCAAACACAAAACCUGACUUUUCCAUUGAUAUGGCUGAAUGGGAGGCCUGUUUAUUCUCAGAUGGUCUGACAGAUUCUGAGUGUCUGUCAACAGUGCAGAGAGUUCAACCAACUCCAGUUCACCAGCUCACCGUUAAAGAGCUGCUGCUCUCCAAUAUCGGAGAACCGUCAAAACCAUCCACUCAACUAUCGCAGCAGGAACUGGUUCUCAGUGAAGAUGAAAAGAAACUUUUAGCCAAAGAAGGAGUCAGUCUCCCCAGCCAACUUCCUCUUAACAAGUAUGAAGAGAAGAUUUUGAAGAAAAUUCGGAGGAAAAUCCGUAACAAGCAGUCAGCACAGGAAAGUCGGAAGAAAAAAAAGGAGUAUAUCGAUGGAUUGGAGGACAGGAUGACUGCCUGCAGCACCCACAAUCUGGAAUUACAGAGGAAAGUUAUACAGCUGGAGAAGAGCAACACGUCUCUGAUGGAGCAGCUGCGUAGGCUACAGUCUUUGGUGAUGAACAGCUUCAGUAAACCUGCUCAAACUGGCACCUGCAUCCUGGUGCUGGUCCUCUCUUUCUCUCUCAUUCUGAUCCCAAGCCUCCAGCCCAUCUCUCACAGGAGGGCCAAUGGCCCCACGGAGUUCAGCACUGCCAAAGUUCAAUCCAGGUCACUACGCUCUGUGAUUGAGGUGUACAGCAUGCCACCUGGCUUCUCUGUGGAAAGGAAUAUUGACACGUCCUCUUCCCCUCGUGCAAAGCUUCAGCUCAGAACUGAGUACGCUGACAUGGACCCCCUGCUUCACAACUAUAGCUACGGAGACCAUGAGCAUCACCACGGUGACCCCAUCGCCAGUCACACAGCCAAGCUGAGCUGGAUAACGCACCCAGAGAGAGGACUGCAUCAUCAGAAAGAUAGGAAGUGAUGUGAGGGAUAGGCGGGAUUGACUAUCAGUAAAAGGCUGGUCCACACUGCAGCUUAUUCUGGCCAAGAAUCACCCACUUACACAGGAAGAGACUAUCUGAUUGACAUGUAGUGACCAACCACUGUUUGUCUUGUUUUAUGUCCUAUUUAAGGGUGGUUUUGACUGAAAUAGAUUAUAUCACAAUAAUAGACCGGCGCAUAAAAAGAAAAAUUCAGAUAAUGGCUCCGCAGUCUCUGCAAAAUGUUGUACAGAAAACAAUGAAAAAAUAGCGAAAAAUUAUUUUAGGCUACUUGAUCAGAAUUCAUCUCCUUGAAAAGUACUGAUUAUUUGCAGACAUAACUUAGAAAACUAAGCUGGAUAUACAGUUCUGUUCAUGGAUGUCUAGUUAUCUACUAUAAACAAAACUCUGAGGACGGAAUUCACUAAGACAGAAUUGCACUCAGUAAAAGCACUGUUUAUUUGUACACGCUGGUUUAGUGCCCGAUUCACUAAAGAAAAUAUGUGCUGAGCAAAUAGCAGAGUUUUGUAAAUAAAGUGCUUUUAUAAUUAUCUAUAAUGAGUCUAAUGUACAUACUGUGGAAAGGAGGUAUUUUUGCAUGGAAAGGAUGGACAAUUACUUCUCAAGUUCAAUACUCAAAUACUUUAAGCGCUAAUUGUGCUUGUUUAAACUAGAUUGUGGGUAGUUAGUGAAUAUGAUGCAGGUUUUUUGCACAGAAAUACCAUGCUCAAAAGUGGGGCAUCUGUUUAGUUUUUUCGCCCCUGACUGUCUUUCAGACAUUUGAUGCCACUAAAGCCAUAUUUAUACAAUGGAAGAAGACAAACUUUUUUCUCCUGAUCAAAAUAAAGCACCCGAGUCAUCAUUGUGGAAAAUAAAUAAAAAGCAUCACGUCCAAAUAAUUAGUUUUAACCAACCAUCAGCACUCUUUGCAGGGGCAUUAUUUAUACUAUGAUCAGUGGAAACAUGGGUAAAUGCUUCAAGCUGCACUUCUUCCUAAAUAGUGCUCAUUGUACCAACCAUGUAGCUAUCUUGUAAGCACAGCUUGGUUUUGAGGCAGACUGAUAAAAAACAAACUGUUCACUUUUAUUCUUGGAAGUUGCCUUAAACUAGCCAAUCAGAUCACAGCUUGCAGUUUUGGUGCAAUAAAGCUGUUCAGCCGUGACGUCAAUUUGUAGGUGAACCCAUAAAUCUAAUUCGCCAUGGGUUCCCUCUGGAUUUUCCUAUGGGUUUUUAUAAUGGGGUUUUCGAACUUAUGUGAAAAAUAAGGUCUGUGGUAAACAUUACUUACGAUACAAGGACGUUGGACAUGGAAGCAACAGCGUGUUUUUAAAAAAAAGUAUGUAAUGCCAUAUGGCUUCAAAAUUAACGUUUGAGAUAUGACUGUGUGUAAUUUAUGUUGUAGAACAAAAUGUCCACGUAUCAAGUAAUGUUUACCACAGACCUUAUUUUACUCAUAAGUUCAAAAACCCCAUUAUAAAAACCCAUAUGAAAAUCAGAGCAUAACCAUGGCGAGUUCUAUUCCGGGUUUUUGGACUACAAGCUCUUUAGACAUGUGAUGGUCAGUGAACAGACUUUGGGUGCGAUCUGAGGCUGAGACUAGCAUACAUAUGCAUCCAAAGUUUGCCAAAACUCAAAGUAUUUUGGCCUGCAUUUUAAACCCUAGGAAAGAGAUUAAUCAUAUUGAAUUGGCCCACGGCACAUCGCAACAAGAGGAAAAGUUCCUGCCAAGAAUUCUGCGAGUCACUCUGCCAAGAUCAGUUUUUCCCUGACUGUUUGAUAAACUCAGAUUGAUGCAUAGCUGAGGAAUUUCAUUUGCGGAGAAUCAAGCAUGCAGCCACUGCACAACGUAGCUUUUCCCUUGUGUUAAUAGCACAAAAAGAUUUAUCCAAAAGGUCUUUGAAUUCAUGUUUGACUGUUUAUUUGUAUUCUAUUGUGAAUACAAUAGUAUAUCCAAUAUUGUUGUGUUAAUUUGAUGUUACUGUAAAUUGGUAUAUGUCUCAUUACUGUCACGACUGCUAUAUUGAUCGGAACUGCACCCAAGAAUUUCACACACCAUUGCACUUGUGUAUAUGUGAUUUGAUUUGAUUUGAUUAUAACCCAUUCUGUUCAGCACACAGAACUCCCAGAGCACUGUAACUCACAAUCAAGCAUGGCUCCUGAAUUCUAAACAACGCUUGUACUUUAUGUUGCUCCAAACACAAGAUUCAUGAUACUUUUAUUAUUAAUUACAACAAGCAGCUGCGGACUUUAUAAUGGUUGCAUAAAUUACCAGAAAAGAAAACUGUAGUGUGUUCUCAGAGGCAUUUAGCCCUAGUCAGGUUGUACCCCUCACUCUCUUGCUCCUUAGUCCACCCGUGUAAGCCUGCAGCUGUUGCCUGAUAAUGGAAAUAUCUGUGUAAUUGGACCCAUGAAGAAUUGCACAUAUUGAGACUGUGAAAUCAACAGUGAUUAAGGGCAUUCGUUCGUGUCAGAUUGUUAAAAAGCAUGCUGCCUUUCGCUUCAAUAUGCAUGCAUGUUUCAAGUGCAUAAAUGCAUUGUCGGUAUGCUUUAGAGGUAAUUGAGAGGGCAACCAGGAAUAACAAUUUCCCCUGUUUCCUUCAGCUCAUGAGGUCAGUCCUUCUGCAUUAAAACAGCACCAUCGGCCUUCAGUCUGCUUGUGUUGAGUUCCACAAAAUGUUGUGUAUCCUUGGACGGUACAGAAGGGGGAACUAAAAAAUCUCUUCAUCCCUUAUAGUUUUGUUUAUAUUGUUCUUUUUCUACUUCUUGCUCUCUUAGACAUUUUGAAAAGCAUAAAUGACUCAUGGAGUAUUUCGAAUAUUACUAUGAACUAGUUAUGGAAACCAUAGCUAAUGUUGUAAAAAAGGGUUUUCUUUUCUCAAGGUUAAAUGUUUUAGAAGAAUGUUGAAAAGAUAAGAGAUGCUGACAAAUUCAAUGUAAUGUAU